AUGAGGGUGCUGAGGCAUCAUCAUCAUCAAGACUACUGCGCCUGCGUCCAGCACGCCAACGCCCCCACCACAGCUCAACACAGCUCUGUGACAACAGUAGCGCAUGUCCAACAAUUCUUGAACGAGUGGGAGAUCCAGUGCUUGGUGUUGGUGAGCCUCUCCCUGCAAGUCUUCCUCCUCUUCUCGGCAGGCUUCCGGAAGCGCCACAUCUCUCGCGUGCUCAGCGUGUUGUUAUGGCUGGCCUAUCUGUCGGCUGACUCCAUAGCGGUCUACGUCCUCGGCCACCUCACGCUCCACACCGGCGAGGGCGACCCGCGUCACCAGCUGGUGCUUUUCUGGGCGCCCUUCCUGCUGCUACACCUUGGCGGGCAAGAUACUAUCACCGCCUUCUCCAUGGAGGACUGCUCUCUGUGGAAGCGGCAUCUGCUAAACCUGACAACCCAGUUGGCCAUGGCCAUCUACGUUGUGGGCAAGCAGUUGCGAUGGGACAAGAAGCUUGUGGCUCCCAUGGUGCUCAUGUUUAUCUCUGGGACGACCAAAUAUGCAGAGAGAAUAUGGGCGCUCAGGAUAGCUGGCUCAUGGGAACCCCGGAUAAGAACUUCUGGCUUGGAUAUACACACAAUGAAUACAGAGCUCGCGUCAAUGUUUUCGUCAGCAGAGGAAGAUGUCGAUCCCGGGCGCAUCGUGGAGGUUGCUAUGGGUAUCGGUGCAUUCCAGGAAAGCAUCGGGUUCCUAAUGGACGUGACACCGAAAAGGUAUACCCGUGGAGCUUAUUACAGCCAAGCAAAGGCAAUUGUUGAGAAGGUUGCCAGGGGAUUUACAUCUUCCGGUAAUGGAGCUGAUUGGGCGUACAAGUUAUCCGAGAUCCGUCUCUCAUUGAUCUAUGACCACCUCUACACAAAGUAUGGGAGCCUCAAGCUCAAGGGUUUGUUCCUGUACCGGCUAACCACUCUUGCCAUAACCUCUACGGCUCUCGCUUUCUUUGUUGUAGCCAGCAAGGGAGGCAGCUACAGUGGAGUUGAUGUUUGGAUAACUUACGUGUUGCUUGUGGGCGCCAUGGCGUUGGAGAUAGCCUCUGUCCUGAUGUGGCUCAUGUCAUCAUACUGGGCAUACAUGACCGCAUUCUUGCAUCUACGAGGCCGUCGUCGAAGCAAAGCCUCCCGAUGUGCAGGUAGAAUAUUGCUGAGCACCGUCAAGCGUCUUCGUCCCCGUCCAGAAAGAAGAUUGGAGUGGUCAGGAAAGAUGCAGCAGUAUAGCCUGAUGGAUGACUGCAUCCAGGCCAUGGCACAACGACCUGUCAACUGGCUACUACCACAGAUGAUGAAGCAAGGCUACACCAGCAAGCAAGUCGUCGUCUCUCCAGAGGUAAAGAAGGUGCUGCUUCAUAAACUCUGCGAAAUAGCCACCAGUCCGGAUAGUAUAGAUAAGCUGGCAUUCAGCGGCAGCUUCCGUGGAGAGUGGGCUGCAUCUUGGGCAGCUUCUGGGGCUGGGGCUCAAACAGCUGGAAGUAGUGCAGCCCAACAGGCCCUGGUGGCCAGCAACAUCCAAGAUAUGGAUCUCGUGUCAAAUGCCUUGCUUUGGCACCUGGUGACAGAGAUAUGCUUUAUCAUGUCCGAGUACGACGGCGACAAAAAUGGCACACCUCCUAACUGCAUGUUCAGAACCUGCAGCCAGCAACUGUCCAACUACGUGAUGUAUCUUGUCGCCCAGUGCAAGGUGAUGCUCGAUAGCGACGGACACAACACGCUACAGGAAUGUCGAAGUGUGUUGAGCUUGAGCCAGCAAAUUCAUCACCGAAGCGCCGCCGUCGGCAAUAAUAAGAGGAAGGGGUUGGUGAUGGGCAUCCAAGACCCCGUAUUUCGCACUGUUUUUUCAUCUGAUGAUAAGGUAGCUGGCCAUUUGAUCAUUGUGUUGGACGAGUUGCUUGCACCUGAAUCUGUAAUAUCAGCAGCUCACAGGUGGGAGCUGAUUGCGAUGGUAUGGGUGGAGAUGGUUUGCUACAUUGCACGCAACUGUGGUUCUGGCUUCCACGCCAAGCAGCUAAGCUCCGGCGGGGAGUUCCUCACUCAUGUCCAUCUCCUCGUCUUUCUUCUACGCACACACUAA